AUGGGUGAUGAGAUCAAGAGCCGGUUCGCUGUCAAGAGUAGUCACUAUAGCAAUACAAUUAAUGCCAUCCAUUUCAUGUCGAGUCUAACCGCAGAGGAAUAUAGCGAUCAAAUGGAUUAUUUAACGUAUCUCUCUCUCCCAAUUUUGUUGAAGUACGGCGACUCACUCUACCGGUGCAAACAGCUGAAGAGAGCGGCGUUGGGACGCAUGGCUACCAUAAUGAAGCGCCAGAACCAGAACCUGCAAUAUCUGGAACAAGUGCGCCAACACUUGUCGCGCUUGCCGUCCAUCGACCCCAACACCAGAACUCUGUUGAUCUGCGGCUUUCCAAACGUCGGCAAAUCGAGUUUUAUCAAUAAGAUCACGAGAGCCGAUGUGGACGUCCAGCCCUAUGCCUUCACCACGAAGUCGCUGUUCGUGGGCCACACCGACUACAAGUACCUCCGGUGGCAAGUGAUCGAUACGCCCGGAAUACUGGACCACUCGCUCGAGGAGCGCAACACCAUUGAGAUGCAGUCGAUCACAGCGUUGGCUCAUUUGCGCUCUUGUAUUCUGUAUUUCAUGGAUCUGUCGGAACAGUGCGGACACACCAUCGAAGACCAGUUCGCUCUCUUCAAUAACAUUAAGCCUCUGUUCGCUAAUAAGCCGAUUGUGGUUGUGGUGAACAAAAUCGAUAUCACGAAAAUCGAUGACUUGCCCGAAGACAAGCGCCAAUUCUUCGACGAACUCAAGCAAAGCAAUGUAUUCGUGCAUCAGAUGAGUACCGUUACCAACGAAGGCGUCUGUGAGCUCAGGAACGAGGCCUGCGAUCUACUGCUCGCCCAUAGGGUUGAGGGCAAAGUGAAGUCCAAGAAAGCGGACUCUAUUAUGAAUCGACUACAUGUGGCGCUUCCCAUACCCAGAGAUGAUAAGGAAAGGCCUGCUUUUAUACCGGAGUCUGUGGUCCGUAAGCGCCAAGAGAUGGAAGCGGAGAAGACGAAGAAAAGGCUUGAGCGCCAUAUUGAAGAGGAAUUGGGAGACGACUAUAUUCUUGACCUCAAGAAGAACUAUGACAUCGAAGGCGACCAGAAGUUUGAUGUCAUACCGGAGAUAUGGAACGGCCAUAACAUCGCCGACUUCAUAGACCCGGAUAUUCUCAAGAAGUUGGAAGCACUGGAACGCGAAGAGGAGGAGAAAAUCAAUUCCGGUUAUUAUGACGUCUCGGAUGAGUCUGAAGACGACGAGACCAAAGAGAUGCGCGGAUUAGCCAAACGGAUAAGGGAUCGCAAGGCUAUUAUGAAAGUGGAGCAACGGAUGAAUAACACAAAUAAACCUAAAUUACCCCGAAAUCCACGAAAGAGGGAACGAAGCGUUAGUGGAUUGCGAACACAAAUGCGUGGAUUAGGUGUCGAUAUGUCCAGCGAUGAAGAGGUAAAUAUUUGUUGUCAACUAUGGUAUGGGGUUAACAGUGAACCAAAUGAUGAACCAGUCCACCAACUCGUAGUUCACUUGUACACCAAGUGUCCGAUGAAUGAUUCACUGGCUGGCUUGAAUUACGAGGAGGCAGUGGAUGAUAGACAGUCGCGGCCACCCAUUAAGCGUAUGCGCGAAGACACUGAGGGAAGAGUGCGGAGCAGCUCUAAGAUGCCUCGCGACCAGUCGGGUGUCCGAGAUGUUAAGAUGCGAAAGAAAGUGCGGUUUAUGGGUAAGAAAGCGCAGACAACGAUGAAUAGGAACGCCCGCAAAGGGGAGGCCGACCGUAAGAUCCUGAACGUUAAACCCAAGCACUUAUUCGCCGGCAAACGAGGACUCGGGAAAACGCAAAGACGUUAACACGUCUUGUGGAGGAAUUGAAUAUCUCUUGGAGUCUUCGUGUAAUCAAUUGUUUAGAGUUUAUUUUAUUGUAAUUUAUUUUUCAAUGACCUGUACAUAUGCUUAGACUUUUUAAUGUGUAAUUACCG